UCACCGCUACUUUAAAAAUGCACCAUCCCAGCUGGCUGCUGCACAACACGGAGGUCAACUUCGGAAAAGCAGCGUGAGCACCGAGACUUUCACACAGUUCACAGACUGAAAACGCAUUGUAGAGAAAGGAUGCAGAUCACAGUGAAGCUCAUGACGGGAAAGGAGUGCUCCGUUGAUCUGGAGCCCAGCGCCACCGUGACUGAGCUGAAGCAGGAGGUCAAACGACUGGCCGGGAUCCCCGAAACAUCCCAGAAGCUCGGGUUGAACGGAGGUGGGCACAUCACGGUGCUGGAGGACCACAGGACGCUGAGCGACUACGAUCUGUCGCCUGCGAGGUCCGUGGUGAUGCUGGUCACCGAACCCAAACCAACACCCAGCGAGAUCUUUCUGAGCACGCACAAGGGACAGACGCGGACCUACACCUUCCACCCAGACGAGGCGGUGUCGGAUUUCUGUGACAGAGUAACUCGCCAGGAAGGUGUGCCCAGGAGCCAGCAGCGCUUGAUCUAUAAUGGGAGACAGCUCGACGAAAACAAACGAAUGAGUGAUUACGGCAUAACACCUCAGAGCACCGUCCACCAGACUCUGCGACUGCGAGGAGGCGGCUGGGCUUGGCCUCCAACCCACUGAGAGACGUCGUGGUUGAAAAGUGGCGCUGUCUUUAAAAAUCUUACUCACAGAUGACUAGUUUCUUGUUGUCUUUUUAUCUUAGAAUUCGUUUUUCCUUCUUCUAAAAGUCAUGAACAUGUUUGAGUUGUUAUUUAAAACAACCAGCAUUUUGGGGUUCUGUGAUAGGAAACGCAUGUUCAGUGUUAUUAAUCAUAAAAUAAUCAUCCACCUUCGUCUUAAUUCUGAGUAUGUGCAAUAAUAUGUUCGAAGGUGUAAACCGAUGCGGCGUAUGACUACUGCACGGAAAAAAUAUGUUUUAUUUAUGCGCUUAAAAUUUUAUUAUAAAUAAGACAAACUGACUAGCUACGUCCUCGACAUUCAAGGGUCUGCGUAUUUAUUAAUGCACAUCUGCAGAUCGUUAGUUUUAAAAAGCUCUGGUGCCAUCUAUUGGUUCAUUCUAUCAUCAGCAAAACUUUGUUACCGUAAUAUGUCCACUGAGCUUUGUUUUUGUAAUUGGAAAAUGUAUGUAUACUUCACGGUGUAUAAUAAAUGUAGAA